AUGGCGACCGCUUGGCUGUUUCUCUCUGUCCUCUGUCUUCAGAUCCAUGUCUCAGUGUCGGGUGAUGAGACAUCUGUGUUUGUAAAGGAAGAUGAAUCUGUUCAAUUGAACAUCCAGGAAGACAAAGGGACUCAGUUUACAAUCUUAACAUGGACAUUUAAUUCAUCAGAGAAUAUAGUGACCUACAUAAAUAAAUACAAAGAUACUGAGAUAUCAGAUAAUUAUAAGAACAGAGUGGAGUUUAAUAUUGAAACCUUCUCUCUGACACUGAAGAACCUACAGAAGACUGACAGUGGACUCUACACAGCAAAGACAACUGGUGACAGUGACAGAGAUAUUGCUAAGUACAGGAUAUCUGUUCUAGAACCAGUGGAGGUUCCUGUCAUUGUUCUGUCUGACUGGUCCACCACAGACGUCUGUAAUGUAACUUUCAGCUGUAAAGGUCAUAACCUCUCCUUGACCUCCAGCUGUGAUAGCAGAUCCUGUUCUGAGGAGAAAGUGACCUCUUCUGGAGGCUCCACCCUCAUUGUUUAUGUCACAGGCAACUCCAUCAUCUGUAACUAUAGUAACCCAGUCAGUUGGAAAAUGGACACCAAGGAUAUUCAACAUGCGUGUCCUUAUAUUGAAGGUACACAACCGAUUGAUGACACAAUCUAUGAAUCAGUUAAGGACUUAUCCGUGAGAACUGAGGAUCCGUCCACUGUUUACUCUACUGUGGGAGAAUUUUCACAGGUUCCCAAGGAAACCAAAGAGACCGCAUCAAAGCUUGAGACCGUUUACGCUUUUGCUAAUUACAAAUGUAAUGAUUCUAGUGAUAAAUUUGCCAACUCUGAAAUUGUCACACCUAUGACGCAGUCAUAA